GGUUAGAUAAUAAGCUUUCUUGAAUGAAAGAAUUAUCACGGUGAACUGCUGUUUCAUAUUGUUGAGAUUCAUUCUCAUUUUCAAAAAAAAAAAAAAAAAAAAAAAAAAAUAAUAUUAUUUGAAUAAUAAAGAAUAUUGAUAAUUCAAAGAGAGUAGUAUUUUAUACCAACUAGGCAACAGGACCCAGAUGAUUUAUGCCCAACAUUUAGACUGCUGCAACUCCCUUUUUGAUCUGGUAGUCUACAAUAAAUAUGUGUUAUGUGCUGGUAAUAACUAAAUAAUGAUUUCCUCUUACUAGAAUCAUCAUUAUGUUAUCGUGUUUCCAAUCUCAGCCUGGUGACCUAUAGGCAAAGCGUGUUAGUUACUCCUAGAAUUAAGAUCUUGACUCCUUAUUUGGGUUUCUGAAUGUUCUGAUCUUGACUCAGUUUUCCUGAUCUUGACUUCAUUGACUGGGGGUGGAUGGAAUGCUAACUAACCACCGCAAUUAUAACUUUAGUGUCAAAGGUCAUCCACUACAGUCUACAGACCACCCUCAGUUAGAGGAGGAGACUAAACACUAAAAUUACUUGACUUUGUGGGAGUCUCCUUAUAUUGCUUGUAAGUUGUAACAAGUCUCAUUUUGAAAUACCUAUUAAAAUCCCCAAAAAAGAAAAGGAAAAGUAGAGGGUACCCUUGGACCACUAAAUUGUCACUGAAUCAUGAAAGUUAGAUAAUUAUUGGCCUCUUCUUGGCAGAAAAAAAUAAAAUAAUUCGGUCUCGUACCUUCUGUACAAAAAUUGCAAACUUCAAGAUUAGAAUAUCCCUGUGCUAUAAGAAGCUACAAUAAAAUUAACAAAUUUUAAUGCUUAAUCGAUGUAAGCCUCAUACUUUAAAUAGAUUAUCGAGUACUGAGUAACUUGGGUGGCCUAGUUCUUUUGGAAAAUUAAGUCAUUGGAGUGGCAGUCAAUGUUUGAUCGAGCAUCAAUCAAGGAGACUAUGUUGGAGUGCUUGUUGUAUAGAGCAUUAAACAGAAAAACUCUGAUAAACCUUGCUUCAAAGUGAGAAUCAGUGACUUGUACUUGUAUCCUAAAAGCAAGGUUGAAAUAUCCCUGAUCCAUGUUUUUUUAAGGCCUUUACUUCUUUAUCUUUAACUUGUCAACAAUCAAAAUAGUCCAUUCAUCUCAUUGUAACUCACUAUAAAGCUACAUGUAUCAACCCAAAACUUAACACUUGCUCACCAGCUGGGAAUUCUGCCACACUUUCAAUGGCUUUCUCUUUUCUUUCUCUACUACUCUUUUCCUUCUACUUCCUUCAUUCUACUGCAAAAAUCCCCAUAUCAUCACAAUCUCGCUUCAGAUCACAAUUAUCCGAGUCCCCCACAUCCCAAAAAGAUGUGCCACCCACUACACUUUUUGAGGUGACAAAACCCGUUGAAAUACCCAACACAAAGCCUUGCUCUCAACAUAUUCUUCAACAUGAUUUUGGCUUUACAUUUACCAAGCCUCCAGUUUUUGCUGAUUAUAAACCUCCUUCUACUAGUUGCCCGUUUCAAGAUUUUUCUAAAAUUGUUUUGGAAUGGAAAGCUACGAGUAAAGGCAUACAAUUUGACCGCAUUUUUGGGGUGUGGCUUGGGGGAGUUGAGCUCCUCAGGAGCUGCACUGCAGAACCAAGUCCCAAUGGGAUUGUUUGGACUGUUAAGAAAGAUGUUUCAAAGUAUUACUCAUUGCUUAUGACCAAUCAAACUCUUGCGGUUUAUUUAGGUAACCUUGUUAAUGAUAUUUAUACUGGUGUUUACCAUGUUGAUGUAAGUUUUCACUUCUAUCCUGCUGAAAAGCAUUUGUUGAAGCUCGGUCAUGGGCAUGGUUCUAAUGCUGAUUUAAUCUUACCCAUAUCAAGAAGUCUGCCACUGAAUGAUGGGUUGUGGUUUCAAGUAGAUAGUUCUACGAAAGUGGAGACAAAGAUGUUUAAAGUCCCCCGAAAUGCGUACAAGGCUGUGCUGGAGGUGUAUGUUUCACCUCAUCAGAAUGAUGAGUUCUGGUACACAAAUUUACCAAAUGAUUACAUUGAGAAAAACAAUCUUUCAUAUGCUGAUAAAAACGGACCUUUUAGGGAGGUUGUGGUCAGUUUGGAUGGUAAGGUAGUUGGUGCAGUUUGGCCAUUUAGUGUCAUAUAUACCGGAGGAAUUGAUCCCCUUUUUUGGAGACCCAUUUCUGCGAUUGGAUCAUUUAAUCUUCCUUCAUAUGAUAUCGAGAUCACUCCGUCUUUAGGAACAAUAUUAGAUGGGAAGACCCAUGUGUUUGGCUUUAGUGUUACAAAUGCUGUAGACGUGUGGUACAUAGACGCAAAUUUGCACAUCUGGUUGGAUGGAAAGAGUGAGAAAACAGAAGGAAAUGUAUUGAGGAGUAGUACCUUGCCUCCUCGCAUUUCCUAUGUAUCCAAUUUUACUGGUUUAAAAGGAACAUUUUUGACGCGGGCUAGUAGGCUUAUAAAGUCUUCGGGAUGGGUGAAAUCAUCUUACGGGAAGAUAACAACUCAAGCAACUCAGGAGUUCAAUUACAGUAACUUUAUGGAAUUAAGCAAUAAUGGGUUUCUGCAAAUGCUUCAUCAGAGGACUGAUUUUAAUGACAUGAUUUCUAACUCGGGACCUUCUGCAGAUUCAGUAACAUCGCUGAAAAGGUUUCCUCUUGCCUUGUACGGUGGAGUUGCUGACCAGGGAGAUGGAGCAUAUAAAAGAACAAGGAAUGUGUCGCUGAGUUUUAAUGAAAGGAGAAUCGAGAAACUAAAGUUUGGAUCAUCAGUUAGCUCACUCAAAAAUUUGCAAGAAGCCCAAGUUAUUACUCUUGCUAAGGGCAACCAUGUAGUCAGCCGCAAUACAAGUACAAAACAGACAUACAGCUUUGAUAGCAGUAAAUCUUGCUAUUUCAGGAAUAUCAGCAGCUCAAAUCAAAUCAUCAGCUCUGACGAAGAGAACAAUAAGUGCGGUAAAAGAACACAGUUGGUGGCAUAAUCUAGAUCCCUGAGCCUUUCUACCAUAGAGUCAAUUAGAAGAUGUCGGGUUAAUAAGUCCUUGAUAUGUGAUGUUUGUUCGAGUGCUCUAUGAUUUUUCUAUUUCGGUUGAUUUAAUAAAAGUUCAAGUGUAUACAGUGUUUGCAUUAUAGUUAGCAUCAUAUCUGUGAUAAUUUCUUUUCCCCACCUAAGUGUAUGUUGUCCAAAAUGAAAUGUAUCACCUGUUUUGUGAGCUUUUCUGCAGAUUCUGCUGCAUCUCACUUUUUAGUAAAUGCCGAUUUCUAUA